UUAAAUAGCUCAGCUUGGUCCAAACUAAAAUCAGAACUCAUACCAUAAUACCAUCUCUUCUCCAAAAACAGACUCAUACUUUCAUUGCCAGAGCUCCCUCUUGAAGAAAUGUCAAUUGUGAAAACACUAAUGUGUUUGGCUGCAGCAGCCAUGAUCAUCAACUCAGCCAUCGCAACAACUACUUUCAAGGUGGGAGGUCCAACUGGAGGGUGGGAUAUAGCCACCAACCUAAAAGCAUGGUCAUCAUCCCAAGCAUUUUCAGUUGGAGACAGUCUCAUUUUUCAGUACACGCCAAAUCACAACUUGCUUGAAGUUUCCAAGGAGGACUACGAAGCAUGCCAAAGCAGCAAUCCAAUCCAGGUGUUUCCAAGCGGUGCCACUCCCAUCCCUCUCACUGCUCCAGGGAGCCGUUACUUCAUCUGUGGAGUAGUUGGACACUGCAGCCUAGGAAUGAAGGUUGAGAUUUUAACACUUGGAGCUUCAGCCCCGUUACCGGCUGCUCAGUCCCCAGAAACCACAACUUUACCAUCUGAUCCCCCAAUCUCCCCUGCGGCUUUCCCAUCCCCUAUUGAAACGCCAUCCACUCAGUCACCAGCUAGCGCAGGAGGUCCUAUGACGGUGCCUACUUUCCCCCUGACCGGAUCUCCACAAAGCUAUAAUCCGGCUAACGCACUUUCCACCCUACCUCCUCCAGUUUCAGCUGCUAAAGUGAGGGCUACUUCAUCUAUCUUGUUUCUUAUAUUCAUGCUUGGGGCAUUGUUUCUCUAAAGCGUUUGAUACUUCAUUCCAUCUUUAAAUUGUUCUACUGCUUCUUGUACUUUUCAGUAAAACACUCUUUAAUUUAUCGUGUAUAGUGAAUGUAAUAUGAUUCAGAUU